UGGUCCGGAUGUUCACGGGGGCCAAAAUAGUAACAGUCGUUUUGAGCCUCAACGACGAUCGACCACGCAAGCGGAAUGGCUUUCAGGGGAAAAGGAUGUUGAGACCUGGAGAAGAUGCAUCCAUGUCGAGAAUCUGUCAAUCUUGACGAUCACAAACAUGUAUAAGAACCUCCAUCCUGUCUCUUCUCUGGCCAUCGUUUUUCCUCAUCAUUACAACAACAACAACAACAGCAAACUAAACCAACUUCACCACACUCCUUUACCAAACCAAACCACCGCCAAAAUGCAGUUCCUCACCACCAUCUCUCUCCUCGCCGCCGCGGCUGUCAGCUCCGUCUCUGCCGCCCCCACCAGCAACCAGUACACCGAGGUUAUGGGCAAGGUCACCUUCGGCCUCGAGCGCCAGUGCCCCAUUGACCACAUCAAGUACCCCGCCAUCGAGUUCCCUGCCAACACGGAGAGCAACCACUGCCGCACCUUUUACGCUGGCGCCGUCUUCCAGUCCAUCGACGUCGAGUUCUUCGACCCCAAGUGCCAGCUCACCGUCUACUCCACCUACGACUGCUCUGACAGCGGUAUCGUGUCCGGCUCCGGUGGCUGCUGGAACCCCGAGGGUGGCAUCAAGGCCUACAAGGCUACCUGCCCCUGGAAGCUCUAAGUCAUUGGCUUGACUGAGAUGAGAGAAACAGUGCCAGGAAGGGGAGCGGUGCGAGGAGUGCCGGGGAGCAGUGCGAGGAGUGCCAGGGAGGUUGUGGAGGGGAACACGGAGUUGUAGGGAUACGGGGAUAAGGGAAAGAUGGAGUUAAGGGGUGUGAAAGGGAGCGGCUUGGGGGGAUUUGGGUGGGGGUUGGGAAGGAGUCCGGGGAAGGCAAAGGGGUGAACGGGGGGGCACUGACACUGGCACUGGGAAACAACUGCAUUGAGGCGCGUGGGGGGAAACAACUACACUCUUUAAUCACUUUUCUCUGUACAUACAACAACAACAACAACAACAACAACAACAACAACAACAACAACAGCAACUGGAACAUAGCAUCAUGGA